AACUUCCCUGCCAGACAAGGGAGAAAAGCCAGAACGAACCAGGAGGUGGGGAAUGAGGGACACAGCUGGAAAACAUCCCCUGCUACCAGGGUUGCCUCUGCCAAAGGCCACCAAACCGGUGACAUGGGAAGCCCCGUCCCAGCACGGGGAAACGCUGGGAUAUUCCCGGGCAGGGCCGAGGCUUUCACCGGUGCCACUCGCGGGGAUUCCGUGCGGAUGCUGGCCGCGUGCCGGAGCUCGGUGUCCCCAGAGAGGGGCCGCUGUUGGGUUUAAUGUGUCGCUAAUGAGGUUCCUGACAGCGAUGGGAUGCCCGAGGUUACCGGCGCGGUGCCCGGUGCCGUCCCGGCGCGGCGUCAGCCCGACGGGGAGCGGAGCCGUGCUCGGGUGGACGGGGCCGACGUGGAGGGGACUGGGAUGGAGACGGGCUUGGGGACGGAGAUGGGGACAGGGAUGAGGAUGGGGGUCCUGCCGCCCUCCCGUCCCCACCCCCGUUUCCACGGCGACGUUGUCAGCAGCCGUCCGGCCACGCCCCGCGCCCCGCCUGGGCCAAUGGCGCGGCGGCGCCCGGCCUGCCCGCCGGUGACGUCAUGGCCGGUGAAAAUCCCCCGUGGCCGCGGGAGCGGCGGUGGCGGCGCGGCCCCGCGGCCCGGCCCGGCCCGCACCAUGGCCAAGCACCACCGCACGCCGGCGCGCUCCGCCGAGCCCGUCAUCGAGGUCAAGAGCAAGUUCGACGCUGAAUUUCGCCGCUUUGCCAUGAAGCGCUCCGGCGCCGGCAGCUUCCAGGACUUCUACCAGCUGCUGCAGACAGUGCACCAGAUCCCGCGGGUGGACGUGCUCCUGGGCUACACAGACAUCCAUGGCGACCUCCUGCCCAUCAACAACGACGACAACUACCACAAAGCCCUGUCCUCUGCCAAUCCCCUCCUCAGGGUCAUCAUCCAGAAGAAGGCACCAUCAGUCAGCAGUUCACAGAGCCAGAGCCUGACCCAGAGCCACAGGGUCAGCACAGCAUCCAGUGCGAGUCUGUGUUUCCAGCUCAUGUUAGCGGUACGGAGUCUCUGGGCGAGAGCAGAGUCUGAUGCCAGCGUCUUCGCCUCCAACUCCUUGCAGCGGAAGAAGAAAGGGCUGCUGCGCCCAGCACACUACCGGGCCAAGCCUCACCUCCUCAUCGGGAUGCCCCAGGACUUCCGCCAGAUCUCCUCCAUCAUUGACGUGGACAUCCUGCCCGAGACGCACCGGCGCGUGCGGCUCCACAAGCACGGCUCCGACAAACCGCUGGGCUUCUACAUCCGCGACGGCGUCAGCGUGCGCGUGGCCCCGCAGGGCGUCGAGAAGGUGCCCGGCAUCUUCAUCUCCCGCCUGGUGAAGGGCGGCUUGGCUGAGAGCACGGGGCUGCUGGCGGUGAGCGACGAGAUCCUGGAGGUGAACGGCAUCGAUGUGGCUGGCAAGUCCCUGGACCAAGUGACGGACAUGAUGGUGGCCAACAGCCACAACCUCAUCAUCACUGUCAAGCCGGCCAACCAGCGCAACAACGUCAUCCGCAGCAGCAAGGCCUCGGGCAGCUCCGGCAUGUCCACGGACAGCACCCCCAGCCAGCAGACCCCCAGCCCGGCCUCGCAGUACCUGAGCAACUACAGCACGGCCGAGAGCGACGAGGAGGGCGACCUGGUCAUCGAGAGUGACAGCGCGUCCCACUACAUCCCCGGGGGCUGCCCCAACGGGGGCCCCGCGGACGGACCCCUCCAGCGGAGCCUGUCCCCGCACAGCUCGCGGGGCUCCCUGCAGUCCCUCGGCAGCCACGACGGCAGCCCUGGCCGGGGCAGCGGACGGGAGGAUGGCACCCUCCUCACCCUAUAGCUGCAGGGGCCUGUGCCACUCGGUGGCCGGCCGGGUUUCUGCUGAUCUGGGCUGGAUGUGGACACCAGGGUGAUGAUGUGGCCAGCGGGCAGGGGUGGAGAGGGGCUGCCCUCUGCCCUCUCCCACCCCCUGUGACCCCGGGAGUCCAACUCUGGGAUCCACUCAAGCCAGGCACUGCCCUUCUGAGCGCCCUUGCCUCCUCUUCCAAGCAAGCGGGGGUUUUUAAUUGUUUUAUUGAAAUAUGCAUCAUUAAUAUAUUGCAAUGGACAGUAAAACUUUUUCUAGAAAGCAG